UUCAAAUUACCUAAGUAUUAAGUAGGUAACCAUAUUUUUAAAAUUAGGAGUAUUCACCUACCUAAUACUCAAACUCUGAAUUUCAACACUAUUUUUUUUUUAUUGUGAAGACAAAUCGUUGAUAUUACACUGCAUGAGCAGAAAAUACAAUGAGACGAUCAUUCAUGGAUCAUACUUGCGAUAUUUCGGCUGCGUUUGUGUUCAAAUCGCAUUUACUGAUUGAUAAACGAUAACAUCCGUUUAAUUUAAAAAGUUAUGUGUGGUACUUUAUUUGCAAAUUAUACUCGACAUCAAACAGGAGCAAAAUGUUGGUGCCAUCAAGUUGGAGAAAUUAUUCUCUAUUGAAGCAAAUUUCUGCCUCAUUAAUCGGACUUCUCUUGCAUUUAUCAUUAGGAAUAUGCCAAGGAUUUUCAGCAGUAUUCAUACCCCAAUUACAAAACUCAAAUUCCGAAUUGAAAAUAAGUUCUGAGGAAGCGUCAUGGAUCGCCAGUGUCAAUGUUGCUUCAAUGCCUGUGGUUGCUGUGCUCGUUGGAAUACUAAUGGAUGCAAUCGGAAGGAAAAGAUCGAUUCAAAUUUCAUUUUUACCUCUAACCAUUGGAUGGGCAAUUAUUGCAUUAGCUCCUUCCGUUGUGAUGAUUUGCAUUGGCAGAUUUAUAACAGGCUGUGCUAUUGCAAUGGACCCAGUAGUUGUAGUCUACAUAGCAGAGACAAACGAGCCAAAAAUCCGAGCAACUUUACUAUCCUUGACUGGACCCACAGUACUGAUUGGCAUCCUAACCUCAUACAUAUUGGGUCACUUCAUAUACUGGAGAACAGCGGCAGCAAUUCUGAGCAUUCUAUCUGCUGUUAGUUUCUUCGCAAUCUUCAUAAUUCCAGAAUCACCAGUCUGGCUGAUAUCUCGUGACAAAGUCAAAGAAGCCGCCGAAUCAUUGAAAUGGCUUCGAAACAACCAAAUGACAACGGUCAACGCCGAGCUGGACGAAUUAUUGCAGGCUAAAUUAUCAAAAAAUCAGAAUGAAACUGAGGAAUCAUUUAUAAGGACGAUAAUUCGAACAAAAGCGUGGAAGCCUUUCCUCAUACUAACGUCUUACUUCUUCUUACAGCAGCUCUGCGGCACCCAUAUAAUCGUUUACUAUGCGGUCAGCUUUUGCGACGCUUUUGGUACACGAGUAGAUGGGUUCUCGUCGUCACUCGUGUACAUCCUACUUAGCUUAUUUUUCGCCCUCGUCUUUACCUGCAUUAUCGAGCACACUGGUCGCAAAACUAUGACUAUUGUUUCAGCAGCUGGCAUGUGCCUGAGUUAUUUAUCAGCUGCUGUGUAUCAGUAUGUAUGGCAAAAUACGCCGGAUAAUCCCAUGAAUUGGUUUCCAUUGGUUUGCAUUUGGAUUAGUGUAGGGUUCUCCAUGAUCGGUAUGAACUCGGUGCCUUGGUUAAUGGCUGGAGAAUUAUUCCCAACUCAAGUUCGAGGUGUUAUGACAGGCGUACUGUGGCUAACUGUUUACAUUUAUAUAUUUCUUUGCGUUAAACUUUACCCUUUGGUAGUUUCGUUGGUGAAAAUUUACGGAGUGUUGAUGAUAUUUUCGGUGUCUGGUUUUGUAGCUGUUUUAUUCGGUAAGUUUUUUGUACCAGAGACGAAAGGAAUGAGUUUGAUUGAAAUUGAAAGCUUAUGGUGAAAGAGUGAUCUUUUGCAAGUUUUAUCUAGUCAAAUUGUACUCGUAGCUUCAGUUUAGCUUGAGAUGUUCUCAAGAUAAGUAGGUUGUAAAUCAAUUGAAGAAAAUUGCUUGCGGCCUGGCAACAAUAAAAUACGUGGAAGACCCUAAGUGAAAGUUUUCAAGCUCAGCCUUGAAUUUUUCUGCAUUCAAGGCCAGUGGUAGUUAAAUCACUAGGUAGAUAAAUGCAGAGAACCCAUUGACGUAAUCAAUUGUGUAAGAGAGAUGUACAUUUAAUCAUGAUGAUCAACGUAGGUACCUAGUUAUCUCAAUUUUCGAGUAGGUAGGUACGUUUAAUCCCCAUAAAAUAAAAAAAACUCAAUAAGGGAUUUAAUUCAGUAAGUACAUUGUACUUAUUCAUUACCUCAACAAACGAUCAUUCAUUACGCUAUACGAGUAUUAGUUUCACUUGUUCAAAACUCAAACCUACUUAAUUUGAAAGACAGUAUUUUUGAAAAUUAUACCAUCAAAGAGAAGCAAAAUGUUGUUACUAUCAAGUUGGAGAAAUUAUUCCAUACUUAAACAAGUAAGUAAGCGUUACUAGUGCUUUUUAAUGCAAGUUAUAAUUUAUCAUUAUAAAAAUUAUUGUAAAUAGGUAUCUAUGCCAUGAGUACCAUUGCCAUACAUACCAAGUUAUGAUGAUAAAUUUCAGUAUGAUAGACUGAAUAGGUAGAUAUAUGUACUUGACUUCAAGCUAAAAAUGUCAACGUGUUCAAAAAAAAUUACUGUGCAAAAGUCUGUGAAAGACUGUUUUUUUUUUGUUUGUUUUUCUAAAGCAUACUUACCCAAUUUGUGAAAAAUAUAAAAUACAAAUCAUACUAAUUUA